AUGAAUUCGUGUGAUAACGUCGGCUGGCGCUUCAUUGAGGAGGCUGUUAUUCGCGAUAAAGGCUAUGACGAGGAGGCUAUCCUCACAGCCGUUUUGCAGUCGCACUUCAUUCGUCACGGUUUUGUCAAUUCACUCAAGGCGUUUACCAAAGAGUUGCGUGACCUGGAACAGAGGGGAAAGCAACACCAUAGCGUAUUGGGAGCCAGCGGUGUCUGCGGUAAAGCAGAUGCGAAUGGCGGCGAGAAAGACGGGCAGUUGCAACAAGGAGUUUUGGAGUGUGAAGGAAAUAAUAGUGGGGAAUGGGACACGCGAAAUGGUAAUGACGGUUGUGCCACUGGUGCUGAAUGUGUUGGGUCGGUAUUGGAGGGGAUGCAGGUACGCAAGUGUGUUCAGGUUCUCUGCCACAACGAGGAAUAUGAAAAGGCAGCCGCGCUUUUACCAAGCAGUAAUGAAAUGAAAGUGAGACUGCUUGCUUUGGAGGCCGUAAAACGCGCCAAGAGAAAUCAGUCUGCCGCUAUAUCUUUCCUAUGCAAGCAAGUUGGUCCCUUAAUUUACAAACUCCCUGAUGCUGUAACGGCCCACCACAUCUUUGUCGAAUCUUUAGGUGCUGUAACUGGCGUUAAUGGUUCUUGUUGGGAAGUUCCUUCACCCUGCGCAAUAGCGCGGGAGGUGAAUGAGUCGCUGUUGGACAGCAGCGAACCGAGUGCACUUGACGUAUUGCUGUCGUGGUCUGAGUUACAGCAAGCGGCGAGGAGUGUGGAAAAAGAAUUACAUCAUAAGUCAACUUUUCCCUUUCCGGUUAUGGUGUCUGACAGAAGUUGA